GGUAAUCGCUCACAACUGCAACAGUCAUUCGCGUACUCGCGAUCUAGCGAGAUCGCAGAAAAAUCACAGUGUUUUAUCGAAACGUCUCACCAUCAUCAUGGACACUUGGAUAUUAUUGUCUCUUUUAGUGGGCAUCGUCGCUGUUUAUCAUUACUUCUUUAAGAACUUGGACAUUUUCAAAAAACAUGGAAUUUUACAUAUACCACCAUUACCUAUUGUGGGUAAUUUGGCACCAGUUUUUCUUCGUCAGUUAUCGAUGGCCAAACUCGUCCAAAAAGUUUAUUAUCUAAAUGAAGACGCUAAAUACGUUGGUUUUUUCGACGGAAUGAAUCCAAUUGUAAUGAUUCGCGAUCCGGAUCUCAUCAAAGCCAUCGGCGUUAAGAAUUUCGAGAUGUUUCCCGAUCAUCGUGCUUUCAUCGAUGAAAUCAACGACCCUAUGUUUGGCAAAAAUUUAUUUUCUCUUCGUGGCGAAAGGUGGCGAGACGUGAGGAAUCUACUAAGUCCUGCUUUUACUUCAAGUAAAAUGAAAGCUAUGUUUAAAUUGAUGUCCGAUUGCGCUGCCAAUUUUACUGACUUUCUUUCCAAGUUACCUGCGGACAAAAAUGUUGUGGAUUUGAAGAACAGCUUUACCAGAUACACGAACGACGUAAUCGCAACUUGCGCUUUCGGUAUCAACGUCGAUUCCAUGAAGAAUCCUAAUAACGAAUUCUACGUGUAUGGAAAAGAAGCUACCACUUUUGACUUUAUGCGCACCAUAAGAUUUUACAUUGUUAGAAGUAUGCCUGCUUUCAGCAAAAUGUUGGGUAUUAAAUUUGUUAGCAAUAGAGUAGGUCAAUUUUUCAAAGAUCUUGUAAGGAACACGAUACAUACUAGAGAUGUGAAAAAUAUUGUACGACCAGACAUGCUGCAACUAAUGAUGGAGACCAGAGGAAAAAGGGGACCCGGAAAGGAACUGACUAUUGAGGAUAUGACCGCACAAGCGUUUAUCUUCUUUUUUGGUGGUUUCGACACUGUUUCCAGCCUGAUGUGCUUCGCCGCUCACGAAAUCGGUGUGAACCCGGACAUUCAAGCAAAACUACGUGAUGAGAUAAAUGAGGUUCUAAAGACAACCAAUGGGGACUUGACCUAUGAGGCGCUAAAUGGAAUGGAGUAUCUGGACGCGGUGGUCAAUGAAGCUCUUAGGAAGUGGCCCAUAGCUUUUUUUCUGGAUAGGAUAUGUGCGGAAGAUUUUGAGCUGCCUCCAGCACUUCCAGGAGAUAAGCCUUUCCUCUUAAAAAAAGGAAUGAGCGUUUGGUUCGUUCCUUACGGUCUACAUCGGGAUCCAAAGUAUUUCGAGAGACCUGACGAGUUUUGUCCCGAACGUUUUCUGGAUGAGAACAAGAAAAAUAUCAAUUCAGCCGCGUAUCUUCCGUUUGGGCUCGGUCCAAGAAUGUGCAUAGGCAACAGGUUUGCAUUAUUGGAAACCAAGGUUAUGUUAUUCCAUUUGUUAACUCGUUGUGAAUUAAAAUUGUGCUCGAAAACUUCACAUCCGUUGCAAUUGAGCAAAACAAAUUUCAAUCUGAUGCCAGAAGGAGGAUUUUGGUUGAAGAUCCAACCGAUAGAUAAUACUAGUGUACCUUCAAAUGUUAUUAAUGGUACUGCGAGUGGUCAUAUUACAACGUAUGCCAUGGAAUAUUGGACGAUAUUGUUAUCAAUAGUGAUUGGUGCGUUCAGCAUUCAUUAUCUUUUUAGACAUUUUAAUUUCUUUAAAAGAAAUGGUAUUAUACAUGUACCGUCUAUUCCAAUACUUGGAUCCAUGACAUCGGUUAUGUUUCAACAAAUAUCAAUGUUCGAUUUCAUCCUAAAGAUAUACAAUUUCAAUCCAGACGCAAAGUAUUUUGGAUUAUAUCUUGCGACAAAACCAAUUAUUUUGCUACGCGAUCCGGAACUCAUUAAAUCCAUUCUUGUUAAGAAUUUCGAAGCAUUUCCAGAUCGUCGUGGUUUUUCCCAGUUGAAUGAGCCUUUACUUGAAAAAAAUUUACUUUCUCUUUGUGGAGAAAAGUGGCGGAACGUGAGAACUCUUCUGAGUCCAUCUUUCACAUCCAGCAAGAUGAAGAUGAUGUUUACGUUGAUGUCGGAAUGUGCUGAGGAUUUUGCCAAAUUUCUAUCCACAUUACCGAAAGAUAAAGGUGAGACGGAUAUGAAAGAUGCUUUUUCUAAAUAUACGAACGACGUCAUCGCAACAACUGCCUUUGGAAUCAAAAUCGACUCUAUGAGAGAUCCGACAAACAAGUUCUACGUUUUCGCCCAAGACAUGACUGAAUUCUUACGAGGGAAUCCUUGGAAGUUUAUAUUCCUUACUACUUUGCCGAAGCUUGGGAAAAUUCUUAAUAUAAAGCUUAUAAACGAUCACGUGUCGAAAUUUUUUAAGGAUAUUAUAAAGACUACAAUCGCUACUCGUGAUGCGGAGCACAUUACACGUCCGGAUAUGCUGCAAUUAAUGAUGAAUACCAGAGGCAAGGAAGAUGGCAGAGAACUGGACAUCGACGAUAUGACUGCACAAGCGUUCAUCUUCUUUCUCGGUGGUUUUGAAACUACCUCGAUGGCAAUGUGCUUCGCGGCUCAUGAAAUUGCAGCCAACCCAGAAGUUCAAACCAAAUUGCAACAAGAGAUCGACAGGGUUUUGGAAGAUUCGAACGGAGAAGUGUCUUAUGAAGCUAUUAACCGGCUCGAGUAUUUAGAUGCGGUAACAAAUGAGGUUCUCAGAUUUCAUCCACCAGCCACCGUCGUAGAAAGAAUAUGCGACAAACCUUAUGAAUUACCACCAGCAUUACCAGGCGAAAAACCAUUCGUCAUGAAGAAGGGUAUGAUUCUUUGGAUUCCGGUUUAUGCAAUACAACGUGAUAAAAAGUACUACGAUAAUCCGGAAAAAUUUUAUCCAGAAAGAUUUUUGGAUAACAAGACGUACCACAAUUCCUCGUGCUACAUGCCAUUCGGAUUAGGACCAAGAAUGUGUAUAGCUAACAGGUUUGCUUUGCUGGAAGUCAAAGUCUUGCUGUUUCAUUUACUAGCGCGAUGUGAACUGAAACCUAAUCCGAAAACUACGUCCCCAAUAAAACUUCGGAAAAGUGUGACAAUGAUUCCGGAGAAUGGAUUCUGGUUGAAUAUUCAGAGUAGAAAAAAUAUGCAUCCUGUAUUGAAAUCUACAGUAAUCAAUAACUAAGUUUCAGAAAAUAUUUUGAAUUGUACUUACAUAUAUAAUAAAAAUUACUUUGCGAUAUAAGUCGAUAUAGAUGAAUAUAUUAUGGUAUUAUAUGUUGUAAUUAAAAAUUCUGGUCUUUAUACUGAUAUUAUUUGUUGCUAAUAUUAAUAAUUAAUUAUUAUUGAAACUGUUGGUUAUUCAACAAAAAUCGAAACUAAUUGUGACAUUUUUUUUACAGAAUUGAGUCGACUUUUUACGUUACUUCUUAUAAUUUAUUGAUAUACAGAUUUUUCUAGGAGCCAAAAGAAAGUAACAAUAAAAUAAAAUGCAUGUAAACAUAUAGAAAUAUUUAUUGUUAUAUUUGCGUGACAACUUAUAUAAUAUAUUCACAUUGCAAUAACUUUUUGUAAUAAAUUUUUUUAAUUUUAAAUUCUUACGAAAGUUAUACAAUGAAUAACCUUUAUCUAUAUUUAAUGGCGGUAAAACGGCGAUCACGUAAUAUAUCUGGAGUGUUGGAGUAUUAUAGUAUCAUAUAUUUCGCAUUGAAUUCUUCUAAGAGCAACCGUUAAAGUUAUUUUGUUGUAGUCUAGUUAGAUAUUGUGGAAUGAUUACUGGUCAUUAAUGUUUACUGUGUUUUUUUUAUAAAAGCUAAAUUUCUGUAUUUAGGUAGCAAAAAUUUUUACAGUGUAUGUUCUGUACAUAAUUUUGAGACGUAUGUUACAUAUUAAUUUUUAAUUUUAGUCUAUCUUGAAGACCUUGUGAAUUUUAAACGAUAUUAUUAAAUUUAAUGUGUGUAUGAAUUUGACAAAUAAAGUCAUAUUAUGAUAUAAAUGGGCUGGUUGUGGAAUAUUGUCAUCCGUCAUGCGCAUCUCUCCUGCGACUAAUUUCAUUGUAGAAGUUGCAGAAUGUUUAUUAAAAGAAAAGAAAUUAUUUUAAAAA